UUUUUUUAGUUUUGUUUGACAGCUGUGCCGCCAGAUAUUUUUAACAUGCCGCGUGAAAUAAAAGACAUUAAAGACUUCCUUCUGAAAGCCCGAAGGAAAGACGCAAAAUCUGUAAAGAUAAAGAAGAACGCAGAGAAUGUCAAGUUCAAGGUGAGAUGCUCUCGUUUCCUGUACACACUGGUCAUCAGAGACAAGGAGAAGGCAGAGAAGCUUAAGCAAAGUUUACCUCCAGGUCUACAAGUCAAGGAGUUUAAGUGAUAUGUUAGGUAUAAA